CGAAUGCAAAAAAGGAUCAAAUGCAUCAGAAGAUAACUUCGUAAAAGUUUACUAAUUCAGUCGAAAUCAUGAAUUCGAAAUACGCAUUUAUGAAAAAGCGAUCGCAGGUGAUUUUUAUUUGAAAAAAAUGAAUUAGAAGAUGCAAUGGCAAAUUCAAAUUGGACGAAAUGCAUCUAACAUUUAUUAUUGUUUGUUGGAGUAUUUGAUAUGGUAUGUUUAUAUAAUAUGGUGUUGGAUACUAUAUUGAGCAAAAUGCAGCAACGGCAUACACGCCAGAGAGAAACGAGGCGUAAUCCUUGAAAGUGGAGGACUCUGGUUUGCAUCUAGCAACCUCCACCACCCCUAUAUACGCUCCCAAUUUCUUCCAAAUUUCUUGAUUCAUUCAUUCAUUCACUGCGAGCCUUCUUUUCGUUAUAGUCAAGCAAGCAAAUUCGUGAGUUUCCUAAGGGAUUCUCACGAACGCCAUGUCUAAACGGGUUCUGUGUAAAUUCUUUGCUCAUGGCGCAUGCUUGAAAGGGGAGCACUGUGAAUUUGCGCAUGAUUGGAAGGCCCCAUCAAACAAUAUAUGUACCUUCUAUCAAAAGGGGAUUUGCACAUAUGGUAGUCGAUGCAGAUAUGAACAUGUCAAAGUUUCUCAUUCCCCAUCUACAGUUCUUUCUUCAUCAGAAGGUCCUCUCCCCAUUGAGCGCCCAGUGUCGACCGCAGAUGUUACUGCUGAACAUUCAGCUUCCGCUGGACCGCCUGCAUGGGUUGGGGGAUCAGGGCAUCGUGAUAUGCUAAAUGAUGAUUAUCAUAUCGGCCAUUCUAACCACGUUGGUACAUCCGAUCGUGGUAUAUGUUCUUUUGCUGCUGUUGGUGAAUGCCCACGAGGAGAAGACUGCCCUCACAUUCAUGGGGACCUGUGUCCAAUCUGUGAGAAACAAUGCUUGCAUCCCUUUAGGCCUCAAGAAAGAGAAGAGCACUUGAAGUCUUGUGAGAAAAGGCGGAAACAUUUAGAAGCGCUAAGAGGUAGUCAAGAAAUAGAGUGUAGUGUGUGUCUGGAGGCUGUCCUCUCAAAGCCUACAUCAGCGGAAAGGAAAUUCGGAAUUCUAUCAGAGUGCGACCAUUCGUUUUGCAUAUCAUGUAUCAGAAAUUGGCGCAGUAGUUCUCCAACUUCUGGGAUUAAUGUUAAUUCUGCUGUAAGAACUUGCCCUAUAUGUCGAAGACUUUCAUACUUCGUCAUUCCUAGUGUCGUUUGGUAUUCCUCGAGUGAGGAAAAACAAGAUAUUGUUCAGAGCUAUAAGACAAGACUGAGGUCUAUUGACUGCAAGCACUUUGACUUUGGAACUGGAACUUGUCCAUUUGGGACAAGUUGCUUCUACAGGCAUGCAUUUAACGAUGGUCGUCUUGAGGAAGUUGUUGUACGCCAUGUUGGGGCUGAUGAUGGAGAUACAGUGAUCCCCAAAGAUAUAAGGAUCUCCGACUUUCUUAACUUGCAGAUAAGAUGAUUAAACAAUUUUGAUUUCAACUAUUUUUCCAGAAGGGGUUUUGGUGGUAUACUCUCGUGUGCGGUGUGCUGUUCAACUAACAUUUCAACAACCUGUGGAGCAAGCCUGCGUUCGCUAAGUAAGAUAAAAUUGUUUUGAGCUGGUAUCAUUUCAUGUGUGUUAACAUCUUUUUGUUGAAAUAAGAUAUCUAGUGAUCGUACGAAGCCUUGUUUAGGGAGAAAAGGUUUAGAUUUAUCUAAAGUAAAAGCUAGUAGUCAUUGGGUGAAAGUUUGCCUUAAACAUUGUAGAUUAAGUAAAACAUGGAGUAGUAUAUUUUAGUCUAUCUAUAUUCUGAAUUAUGAUAUACUUUUUUUUUUCUUCAUCAAUUUCAGAUACAGCACUGAUUCCAUGAUUUGAGGCCUGCCGGUCCUAAUAUACGGGUAGUUCUGUUGGACUAUAUUGAAAAGUGAAAAUGAUGUAUAUCUAUGAACUAUAUCAAGAGUGAGGUUUUGGUUAUUUACCGUUGUUUUGUUCGAAAAUAAAGUCAUUGUUUUGAUUAUAUGAUACAUGAGAAACUGGGCUUACCUUGGAGGGCUGGGUUGUGCAUUGUAUUUUUCCUAUUGUGUGAACCAUGUAUUUAUUACACACCCCAUUUUGGUAGCUCUUGUAAUAGCUUAUUUUUGAAAGUGGUGUUGAAUGAUGCUAAUUGAGCAUUACUCAUUAGCACCCAAGGUGUAACUGUAACAUAUGCUACUCUCAUGAUAUAUAUAUCAGAUGCAAUAUUCAAUUUCA